AUGGCGCUCAACGGCAAAAGAAGACAUUCGGAGAUAGAAUCCAAUGAUGAAACACCAGGUAAGCGCCGGCGCGAUAGCCUGGCUUGUCCCAGCAGUGUCUCUGACCCGAUGGAUCUGGAACUCCCACCCUACAACAAACCGGAACCGAAUUUUGUGAGUGUCUUCGCCUGUAUCAUACCUUUUCGAGAUCUUUUGCGCAAAGUUGGCGGUCUCACGGCUGAGCAGUACACCCGACUUCGGAUGAGUUGCCGGACAGUUGCAGAGCUGUGGAAGCCAAUUCCUAUCAGACCUCUGGAGGUUGACCCCCGGGAUCCUUAUUUUGCAGGACUGAAGCCUGUCAAAUGCGGUGAACUGGGGUGCUCUCGAACUUCCAAUCUGCUUCCAAUCCGUCGGUGCUACGGUAGGCAUAAUCCAACCGCGGGCAUCUUUUCUGGCUGCAAUAAACUCAUCUGCUCCCAAUGCGCCUGGCUGGCACAGCAAACACAUAUCUACCGCAAAGCACAAGCUAGUGAGAUGCACUACUGCCGUCCGUGCAGUCAGUGGAUCAGGCAGGACAAUCCAUGUGGCCUUCCAGAAUGCGGGUGUGCAUUCAACAUUGAUGAGCACAUCAACCACCAGACGUACUCGGAAUGGCAGUGUAUGGACUGCAGGUUUCAAUUACAUCGCCACUACUUUGAGGAAAGGGCCCGCCUUAAUCUCAAAUAUCUCGAGGCAGAGAAGCGAGUCCUUGCUCGCGACAUUCGGAUCAAGCCAGAUACUCCUGGCUUGGAGCGGUGGAUCGCCAAACGUGGAAUGAACAAGAACAACUGUCCGGGCUGCGGCAUAUGGUAUGGCGCCUUGACGAAAACGUACUCGAAGGAAGAAUGGUCGAACUGCGCUCCCUUUCUCCCUGCUGCAAUGUUGCGACAGUGUAUGGUGUGUCUCGGGCAGCGAAGCAAAGGUAAGGCUGGUGUCUAA